CGUCGCCUGGUAUUGUGUUGUUGUUGUUCUUAUUGUUGUUGUUGCUGCUGUUCUUGGAGUUUCUUGCAGUCGCUGUAGGGGCAAUUUUAACCUACGUGCGAGCAGAGGCGCAACCUGAUUUUCGAAUAUACAGGUACAUAUUCUCUUGUGGAGCAUAAGAGAGUCGCCACGACACGUCUCACACAGAUCUGAUCAGUCGAAUUUCAGCAAAUUAAUUCAAUAAAAACAUGAAUCGUCGCUUUUCACGCGUGGAGUCCGGCGGGGACCUAAAGGAUUACUUUGAUCGCGGCGAUAUUGCAUCGCGCGAGAAUCGAUGGAACUUUGAGGUGGCCUGGGAGGUGGCCAACAAGGUCGGAGGCAUUUAUACGGUUAUACGAUCCAAGGCCUAUGUGUCCACAGAGGAAAUGGGCGAGCAGCUGUGCAUGAUGGGCCCCUACAAGGAGCAGUGUGCACGCACCGAGAUGGAGGAAAUGGAAUUUCCACGAGGCAAUCCAUUGCUGGAUGCAGUCAACACGCUUCGAUCGCGUGGCUAUAAAAUUCACACCGGUCGCUGGUUGGUCGAUGGCAAUCCACAGUUGAUACUGUUUGACAUUGGCUCAGCCGCCUGGAAGUUGGAUCAGUUCAAGUCGGAGAUGUGGGAGAAGUGUAAUAUUGGAAUACCCCAUCUGGACAUUGAGACAAACGAUGCCGUCAUUCUGGGCUUCAUGAUUGCCGAGUUUUUGGAAGAGUUCCGUAACUGUGCCAUUGCUUAUUCCCACAGCAACGAUAUGAAUCCACCACGAAUCGUUGCCCAGUUUCACGAGUGGCAAGCGGGAGUGGCUCUCAUAAUUCUUCGUACUCGCCAGAUCGAGAUUGCCACCGUGUUCACGACUCACGCCACACUCCUAGGUCGAUAUCUGUGUGCUGGCAACACCGAUUUCUACAACAAUCUCGAUAAGUUUGCUGUGGAUGAGGAGGCCGGCAAGCGUCAAAUCUAUCAUCGAUAUUGCCUGGAGCGUGGUGCAACGCAUCUCGCUCAUGUUUUCACCACUGUGUCGGAGAUUACUGGAUUUGAGGCGGAGCAUCUGCUCAAGCGCAAGCCUGACAUCAUUACUCCCAAUGGCCUCAAUGUCAAGAAGUUCUCGGCCAUUCAUGAGUUCCAGAACUUGCAUGCCGUCGCCAAGGAGAAGAUCAAUGAAUUUGUACGUGGUCAUUUCUAUGGCCAUAUGGACUUCGAUCUGGACAAGACUCUGUACUUUUUCAUUGCUGGCCGCUAUGAGUUUGGCAACAAGGGAGCUGAUAUAUUCAUCGAGGCGUUGGCUCGCCUCAAUGCAAUGUUGAAACAUGAACGUCCGGAUGUCACUGUGGUGGCCUUCCUCAUCUUUCCCGCCAAGACGAACAACUUCAAUGUGGACUCGUUGAAAGGCCAUGCAGUCAUCAAGCAGCUGCGCGAUACCAUCAACGGUGUACAGCAGGCGGUGGGCAAACGCAUGUUUGAUAUAUGCCUUAAAGGACGCAUACCCGGCUCCGAUGAGCUCCUGCAGAAGGAUGAUCUGGUCAAGAUAAAGCGUUGCAUGUUUGGCAUGCAACGUGACUCAAUGCCACCGGUAACUACGCACAAUGUUGCCGACGAUUGGAAUGAUCCGGUGCUAGCAUCCAUCAGGCGCUGUCAUUUGUUUAAUUCAGUGCAUGAUCGCGUUAAAAUGGUCUUCCAUCCGGAGUUUCUGACUUCGACAAAUCCACUGUUUGGUAUUGAUUACGAGGAGUUUGUACGCGGCUGCCAUUUGGGUGUAUUCCCAUCAUACUACGAACCCUGGGGCUAUACACCAGCCGAGUGUACCGUCAUGGGCAUACCGAGCGUUACAACAAAUCUUUCCGGUUUCGGUUGUUUCAUGCAGGAGCACAUCAGCGAUCCAAAAUCCUAUGGCAUCUACAUAGUCGAUCGUCGUUACAUUGGUCUAGAGAACAGUGUGCAGCAGUUGACCACCUUUAUGAUGGAGUUCUCACGCUUAAAUCGCCGCCAGCGCAUCAUUCAGCGCAAUCGCACGGAGCGCCUCAGCGAUCUGCUUGAUUGGCGUACGCUGGGCAUUUACUACAGACAGGCUAGGCUAAAGGCGUUGCAGACUGUCUAUCCCGAUUAUGUGGACGAAACUUCCAUGUACGGAUCGCGCAAUAACUUGAUGUUCUCACGUCCACACAGUGAGCCCCCAAGUCCGACCUCUUCGCGUCACACUACUCCGGCUCCAUCAGUGCAUGGUUCUGAUGAGGAGGACUCCGUGGAUGAGGAAACUGAGCUUAAGGAAUUGGGUAUUAAGUAAUUCAGCUCUCAUCGUCAGCAUUGGCUUUACGAACAAACCAUACAGCGCAAUAUUACCAUAAGUUUAGUAAUUUUGUUUCACAUGUUUAAAUGGAAAAGGUGCCCACGAUGAGACUACCUGUCUACCUAAAUGCUGCAACUAUUUUUUAAAACAAAUUUAUACGCUCAGUUAGAACAAUUUUUGAGUACAUGUGCACAAUGAAAAUGAAGAAUUCUAUUAAAUGUUGUUUAGUCUAUAAGCAGAGGAGUGCCCCCUAUUAAAGUCCAAUCAUAUUACAAUUUUCAAUGGCACACACACUAAUUGACCUUAUCAAAUUAUGAAUUGCUAUAUAUAGAACAUAAAUACAAUGCGUAGUCGUACGAGUAUUCGCAAAUUGUUUGUUAUUCAAGUUUUUUAAAUAAUCUAUGUUCAAUGCAAAUUGUUAAUCUGAUGAUUAAAGAAAAAUGUUAGCACCCAUAUGACAAUUAGAGUUAUGAAAUUAAUUGAAUUUGUGAAACAUUUCCAGCUAAACCUUUACUCAAAAUGUAUCCUAGAAUAUAUCCUGCCUAACCAACAAUUUGUAUGGUUUUACAAUUAAAUUUGUGUUAGCAAUCAUAAAUAAUAAAAUCUAAUUAGCACAUGUAA